CGAUGGCAGAAGGCGGUUCGAAAAGCUGGCACUUCACUUGGGACACGGGUGGAAACACACGCCCCUUGGUACUGCCCAAUCAGCGUCCAGUCUGCGGAGAAGGGGCCAGGGAGAGAGAUGCGAUGACUCCGUGGUCACAUGCCGCGGGGUCCAGUGGGAGGAGCUGAGGCCCAGCGGGCGCUUGGCGCUUCCUGUUUCCGGUUCCCGGAGUGGGCACAGCGAGGCGCCUGAGGGAGCGCUGGGACCGCGGUCCGUGGCUGGCCCCUUGUCGGCCCGUCCUCCAGCCGCGACCGGGAUCCACCGGGGGAUUGUGAGCGCCGCGUGCGCCCCCGGCCUGUAGCACGAUGCUCCCCUCCCACAGCUGCUGGAGGACACGACUGCUCCUGCUGCUGCUCCAAGCUGUGGCUGUGACAGAAUCCUGGCAGGCCGAAGAAAAAACCUGCGACCUUGUAGGAGAAAAAGGCAAAGAGUCCGAGAAUGAGUUGGCUCUCCUGAAGAGGCUGAAACCACUCUAUGACAAAAGCUUUGAGAGUAGUGUGGACCUGGGCCAAGAAACUUACAUCUACAAGUUCAGGGUGUGCCGUGAAGCCAGCAACCACACGUCUGGGGCAGGCCUGGUGCAGAUCAACAAAAGUAACAGGAAAGAGACGGUAGUAGGGAGACUCAAUGCAACACACGUCUUCAAUGGAAGUAAUUGGAUCAUGCUGAUCUACAAAGGAGGUGAUGAGUAUGACAGCCACUGUGGCAAGGAACAACGGCGGGCAGUGGUGAUGAUCUCCUGCAAUCGACACACCCUAGCGGAUAAUUUUAAUCCUGUAACUGAGGAGCGAGGCAAAGUCCAAGACUGUUUCUACCUCUUUGAGCUGGAUAGCAACCUGGCCUGUUCCCCUGAGGUCUCCCACCUCAGUGUGGGUUCUAUCUUACUUGUCACGUUUGCAUCACUGGUGGCUGUUUAUAUUAUUGGAGGCUUUCUGUACCAGCGAUUGGUGGUGGGAGCCAAGGGCAUGGAGCAGUUUCCCCACCUGGCCUUCUGGCAGGAUCUUGGCAACUUAGUAGCCGAUGGUUGUGACUUUGUAUGCCGUUCUAAACCUCGAAAUGUGCCUGCUGCGUACCGUGGUGUAGGGGAUGACCAGCUCGGGGAGGACUCAGAAGAACGGGACGAUCACUUACUGCCGAUGUGAUCGCACUGACUGUCCAGCCUCUUCAGUCCCCACCAAAGCGUCCUCGGCCAGAUUUCUCCAGUGUCUGCUCGUCCCUCAUCAAGCCGCCUACUGCUCUUGCUUUUUGCUUUAUUUUCACCUUCUCUUUCUUUUCCUCCGUUUUUUCAUAAAGGUACAUUUGUAGAGGUAAUGGGGCCAAUAUCAGGCUACAGAGCUCUCCUGGAAUCAGUAGGGACAAGUAUAGAAUAGUGAUGAUAGGUAAAGGGCAUGGCGUUUCCUGGCCCUUAAAAAAAUUUUUUUUUUCAUCACGUUUUUAGACACUGGAUUUUUUUUUUUUUUAAGGCAAACAGAACUUUGCUUCUGCACUGUUACUCCUACGUUACAUGAGAAUCUGAUGUCUUGCUUCUUGGAACUACUUAGCAGUGAUCACUUGGAUGCAGUCCAAGUUCUAAAGCACUGCUAUUAGUCUGAACCCGGGGAAAAUCCUACACGUGUUUCUCCCACUUGUGAUUAGGACAGGGAAAAUGUGAACAUUCUCAACGGCAGGUUGCCAUGGGAGUGACUUGAUAGCUUGAAUUGGAUCUAGGAUUGUAGCCAAAAUGCCUAAUACAGAAAUCCAGUCCUCUCAAAAGGGAACUGAAACUGACCUCGUACAUACCUGUCGGGGUUUGAGGGGAAAUGGGUAUUGGUAUUUCCUUUGCCCCUGUGUAGUAAGAGCUGGCAAAGCUUUUACUUCCUAAAAGGUUUCCCUCUGCCAAUAUUUCUCAACUGAAGUUGCACCUUCUUCCCAGGCAUGUCGUUUUGACUUUUUUUCUAAUUAUUGGAAAUGGGAAUGGAAGUAAAGGGAGACCUCUAGGAUGACUGCUGGUCUGGGAGUGGGCUGUGGACACCCCUGCCCCUUCUGCUGGGGCAGGGUAGUGUUGCACAACCAUGGUAGUGGUUUUUAAUUACUUUCUCUGUAAUAGUAAACGCCUGAGCCACUGAAGAGUACUGGGAUGACUUAGCCAGCAGGGGGCCUCUUCUCUAGGCUUUAGAGAAGAAAAUGAAGUUUUUUCAUCUUUGGACUUUCAGUGCAAUACAGGAUUGAGGGGUGUGUUUUGUUUUUUAACAAAAAAAGCAGGGGGGAAAUGUUAUAAAAGCAACACUUUUUUAUUUGCAUCCCUCCUUCACACCAUGGUGUUUUAAAAUGAAAAAGCCUACACUUUUGUAUAAAAAAAACCAAGGUUAAAAUAAAAUGAAAAAAAAAAAAAAGUUGGCCUAGUC